CCUCCGCCGUCGUCGUCGCGGCGGCGGGGCCCCGCGGCCCGAGCCGCACAGACGGAGGCCCUUGUGCAUGAAGACAGAUUUGUUCUAUGGCCUCGGAGUUGGGUGCCGGUGACGAUGGCGGCUGCACUGAGCUGGCAAAGCCUCUCUAUCUUCAGUACCUGGAGAGGGCCCUGCGAUUGGACCAUUUUCUGCGACAAACUUCAGCCAUCUUCAAUAGGAAUAUUUCUAGUGAUGACAGUGAAGAUGGACUGGACGACUGUAAUCCCUUAUUGCCUGAGUCUGGGGAUCCCUUAAUACAAGUAAAAGAAGAGCCUCCCAAUUCACUGCUUGGUGAAACUUCAGAAGCAAGCAAUUCUGCAUUGUUAAACUCCUACUCACUGAAUGGAGUUCUGCAGUCAGAAUCAAAGUCUGAAAAGGGGAAUUUAUAUAACUUCUCUAAGUUGAAGAAAAGCAGAAAAUGGCUAAAGAGCAUUCUUUUAAGUGAUGAGUCCAGUGAGGCAGAUUCUCAGAGUGAAGAAGAUGAUGAUGAUGAAGAACUCAAUCUCAGCAGAGAAGAACUGCACAACAUGCUUCGAUUACACAAGUAUAAGAAACUUCACCAAAAUAGAUACAGUAAAGAUAAGGAGCUUGAAGGCUGUGUGUGGAACACAGAGGCCCAUCCCAGGAUCUGUCUGUUUCAGUUGCAGCAGUACCAGUACUACAGUGCAGGCCUGCUGUCCACCUACGACCCUUUCUAUGAACAACAACGGCAUUUGCUCGGCCCUAAGAAAAAGAAAUUCAAGGAAGACAAGAAACUUAAAGCUAAGAUGAAAAAAGUGAAGAAAAAAAGACGAAGAGAUGAAGAGCUCUCCUCCGAAGAAUCUCCACGUCGCCACCAUCACCAGACCAAAGUCUUUGCCAAGUUUUCUCAUGAUGCACCUCCCCCUGGCCCCAAGAAGAAACACUUAUCCAUUGAGCAGCUUAAUGCUCGUCGCAGGAAAGUAUGGCUCAGCAUUGUGAAAAAGGAAUUACCAAAGGCCAACAAGCAGAAAGCUUCAGCUCGAAACCUGUUUCUCACCAAUAGCCGAAAGCUUGCCCACCAGUGUAUGAAGGAGGUGCGUCGAGCUGCCUUACAAGUACAGAAAAACUGUAAGGAGACUUUGCCUCGUGCUCGCCGCCUCACUAAGGAGAUGCUUCUGUACUGGAAAAAAUACGAGAAGGUAGAGAAGGAACACCGCAAGCGCGCAGAGAAGGAGGCUUUGGAGCAGCGAAAGUUGGAUGAGGAGAUGCGGGAGGCCAAGAGGCAACAGCGAAAACUCAACUUCUUAAUCACCCAGACAGAGUUGUAUGCCCAUUUCAUGAGCCGCAAACGUGACAUGGGUCACGAUGGAAUCCAGGAAGAAAUAUUAAGAAAACUGGAAGACAGUUCUACCCAGAGACAAAUUGACAUUGGUGGAGGAGUGGUAGUUAACAUCACACAAGAAGAUUAUGAUAGUAACCAUUUUAAAGCCCAGGCCUUGAAGAAUGCUGAAAAUGCUUAUCAUAUUCACCAAGCUCGAACAAGGUCUUUUGAUGAAGAUGCUAAAGAAAGUCGAGCAGCUGCCCUUCGAGCUGCAAACAAGUCUGGCACUGGGUUUGGGGAGAGUUACAGCCUGGCAAAUCCAUCUAUCCGGGCUGGUGAAGACAUUCCACAGCCCACCAUUUUCAAUGGGAAAUUGAAAGGUUACCAGCUGAAAGGCAUGAAUUGGUUGGCCAAUCUCUAUGAGCAGGGUAUUAAUGGCAUUCUUGCUGAUGAAAUGGGCCUUGGCAAAACUGUACAGAGCAUUGCCCUCCUGGCCCAUCUGGCUGAGAGAGAAAACAUUUGGGGACCUUUCUUAAUAAUUUCACCUGCUUCCACACUUAACAAUUGGCACCAGGAGUUUACAAGAUUUGUUCCAAAAUUUAAGGUGCUACCAUAUUGGGGAAAUCCUCAUGAUAGAAAAGUCAUCAGAAAGUUUUGGAGUCAGAAAACUCUGUACACUCAGGAUGCUCCCUUCCAUGUGGUUAUCACCAGCUACCAGCUGGUGGUACAAGAUGUAAAAUAUUUCCAGCGAGUCAAAUGGCAGUACAUGGUAUUAGAUGAGGCUCAAGCACUGAAGAGUAGUUCCAGUGUUCGUUGGAAGAUUCUCUUACAGUUCCAGUGUCGGAAUCGGCUUUUGCUAACUGGAACGCCUAUUCAGAAUACCAUGGCAGAGCUUUGGGCACUGCUACAUUUCAUUAUGCCAACAUUAUUUGAUUCACAUGAAGAAUUUAAUGAAUGGUUUUCCAAGGACAUUGAAAGCCAUGCUGAAAACAAAUCCACCAUUGAUGAGAAUCAACUGUCUCGCUUACACAUGAUCUUGAAACCAUUUAUGCUGAGGCGAAUCAAGAAAGAUGUAGAAAAUGAAUUGUCUGACAAGAUUGAGAUUCUAAUGUACUGCCAACUGACCAGCCGACAAAAGCUGUUAUAUCAAGCGCUAAAGAACAAAAUUUCCAUUGAGGACUUACUGCAGUCUUCUAUGGGCUCUACCCAACAAGCACAAAACACCACCAGCAGCCUCAUGAAUCUAGUCAUGCAAUUUAGGAAGGUUUGUAAUCACCCAGAAUUAUUUGAACGGCAAGAAACUUGGUCACCAUUUCAUAUUUCCCUAAAGCCAUAUGAAAUUUCAAAGUUUAUCUACCGUCAUGGACAGAUCAGGGUCUUCAACCAUUCACGAGACAGGUGGUUAAGGGUUCUUCUUUCUCCAUUUGCACCAGAUUAUAUCCAGCAGUCUCUCUUCCACAGAAAAGGUAUUAAUGAAGAAAGCUGUUUUUCUUUCCUUCGCUUUAUUGAUGUAUCUCCAGCAGAAAUGGCAAACCUCAUGCUUCAGGGACUUUUGGCCAGAUGGUUAGCUCUUUUCCUGUCUCUGAAAGCCUCAUACAGGCUCCAUCAGCUGCGCUCUUGGGGAUAUCCAGAAGGGGAAAGCCAGCAGAGAUACCUGAGAAACAAGGAUUUUCUUCUUGCUGUUGAUUUUCCACUUUCCUUUCCCAACCUUUGCAGCUGCCCUUUGUUAAAGUCUCUUGUUUUCAGCAGCCACUGUAAAGCUGUGAGUGGCCACUCAGACCAGGUCGUCCAUCAGCGGAGAUCAGCUACCUCCUCACUUCGUUGCUGCCUGCUCACUGAGCUGCCAUCCUUUUUGUGUGUGGCCAGUCCACGAGUCACCGCAGUGCCAUUGGAUUCUUACUGCAAUGAUCGAAGUGCAGAAUAUGAGAGAAGAGUUCUGAAAGAAGGAGGGAGUCUGGCAGCCAAACAGUGUUUGUUGAAUGGAGCUCCUGAACUGGCUACAGAUUGGCUGAAUCGAAGAUCCCAGUUCUUUCCAGAGCCAACUGGAGGACUGUGGAGCAUUAGGCCCCAGAAUGGCUGGUCUUUCAUCAGAAUUCCAGGCAAGGAGAGCCUCAUCACUGACAGUGGAAAGCUGUAUGCCCUUGAUGUUCUGCUCACUCGGCUCAAGUCUCAAGGACAUAGGGUUCUUAUCUACUCUCAGAUGACCAGGAUGAUAGACCUGCUGGAGGAAUAUAUGGUUUACAGGAAGCACACCUACAUGAGACUUGAUGGUUCAUCCAAGAUCUCAGAGAGGCGGGACAUGGUUGCUGAUUUUCAGACCAGGAAUGACAUCUUUGUGUUCCUGCUAAGUACACGAGCUGGAGGACUGGGAAUUAAUCUCACAGCUGCAGAUACAGUCAUUUUCUAUGACAGCGACUGGAACCCCACUGUGGACCAGCAGGCCAUGGAUAGAGCCCACCGCUUGGGGCAGACAAAGCAGGUCACUGUGUACCGACUUAUCUGUAAAGGCACUAUCGAGGAGCGCAUUCUACAGAGAGCCAAGGAGAAGAGUGAGAUUCAGCGGAUGGUGAUUUCUGGAGGGAACUUCAAACCAGAUACCUUGAAACCCAAAGAAGUGGUUAGCCUUCUUCUAGAUGAUGAAGAAUUGGAGAAGAAACUGAGACUACGGCAGGAAGAGAAACGGCAGCAGGAGGAAACUAACCGAGUUAAAGAACGCAAACGCAAACGGGAGAAGUAUGCAGAGAAGAAAAAAAAGGAAGAUGAAUUGGAUGGGAAAAGGAGAAAAGAGGGUAUGAACCUGGUAAUCCCAUUUGUUCCUUCUGCUGAUAACUCCAACCUCUCUGCUGAUGGAGAUGACUCCUUCAUAAGCGUGGAUUCCGCCAUGCCCAGCCCUUUCAGCGAGAUCUCAAUCAGCAGUGAGCUACACACUGGCUCCAUUCCUCCAGAUGAGAGCAGCAGUGACAUGCUUGUCAUCGUGGAUGACCCAGCCUCCUCAGCCCCUCAGUCUCGAGCCACCAAUUCUCCUGCUUCCAUAACAGGCUCAGUCUCAGACACUGUGAAUGGAAUUUCCAUUCAGGAAAUGCCAGCUGCAGGACGUGGUCACUCAGCUCGAAGCCGAGGCCGCCCCAAAGGUUCAGGAAGCACAGCCAAAGGAGCCGGGAAAGGCCGAAGCCGGAAGUCCACAGCCGGCAGUGCCGCUGCAAUGGCAGGAGCCAAAGCAGGAGCUGCUGCAGCCUCCGCAGCUGCCUAUGCUGCAUACGGGUACAACGUGUCUAAAGGAAUCUCCGCCAGCAGUCCUCUGCAGACAUCCCUUGUCCGGCCCGCUGGCCUUGCUGACUUUGGACCUUCAAGCGCCUCUUCUCCCUUGAGUUCCCCUUUAAGCAAAGGAAAUAAUGUUCCUGGGACUCCCAAGAGCCUCCACAUGACCAGCAGCCUAGUUUCAGACUCCCUAAUCAGGAAACAGGGCAAAGGCACCAACCCCUCUGGAGGUCGGUAACCAACCCUCCAGCUUCCUUCAGCCAAACCAGGGCCUAGAAUCCUGGUCUGCAAAUGGUCUUUGGAUGGCUUGCCCAGCGCAGCAUCUUAAUCCCAGUUGGAGAGUGGAGAGAACCUGUUGCACCAAGGGGAAGAAAGGCAGGUGGUUGGUCAGAGAGCACUUUUAUCACCUGUUUCCAAAGGAGUGGUUUGGGGUUCAGCCCCACAGAAUCCCAGACGAACUCUGCCACCAAGUCUUCAACUUCUUACUGGAGAGGGGCCUGACAUAGACCCCUUUCAGAUGCUCAGGCAAGCUGUCUCCAUCCCUGUCCCACUCUUCAGCUCUGACCAUGUCCUUUCUAAAGGCUCCACAGGCACUGUGAAGAGCCUUCCAUAGUGGAGACUUCUCUUAAGGUUGUGAUUUCCUAUAGGGCUAAGAGAGGAGGAAAUUGUGGACCUGUAAUCCACAGUUUUUGGAGAGGCCCCUCCCCCAGGUCUCCAAACUCCAUUUGCCACAGUGUCAUCACUGAAGAGACAAAUGAAUGCCAGAGACGGUGGUGGCUUAUAAUAAAGAGGACAGAAAGCUGGAGGAAGCAUGCCCACACGCAGUUGUUUUCUCAGCAUUCCUCCACUGUCCGACAUGGUUCAUACAAGGGAACCUUUAGGUUCCACCAGCAACAGUAGUAGCACCUCCCACCCAAAGGACUCCCAAAAGCCAGUAAAGAGACCAGGAGCCACCUCAAUCAGCAGAACAUCCUCACUGCCCCUCUUGCAAACGCCCCUUUGCCCAUCCUGAAUGCACAGUCUCCCCUCCCCACCCCACCCCCACCUUUGCCCUUCAGCCCCCGCUUGGCUGUAUGCACUGUCUGUAUUGCACUGAGAAAGGAAGGGAGAGCAGGAGUGAGGUGGAGAGGGUGGAGAGAGCAAGCUCUGCACCAACCCUCCCAGCCCCACCCACCUGAACUUGCUGCCCUCUGAAAGGGGCAGGGGGCAGCAAUUGAUGGGAGGGGUUUCCACCUGAUGUCCCUGGUGGAACAGGUGCUUCUGGGCGGGCCAGCCUCUAAUUUGCACACCCGAAAAUCGCGGAAUUGAGUUUAGAUAGAUUGAUUUUUUUUAACUUUUUGUGGAGUGUGUGUGGGGGAAUCAUUUAAUUUAAAUCAUUAAGAUUCCCCUGCCCAACCCCAGAUUCCUAUGUACAGAUGCUGUUUAGAGGGAAUCAGAAAAAUGCCAAGCCUUUUUUCUCUUUGAAUGUGCUGUCUAUUUUUAUAACUGAACUUGUACAUAUGUAUAAAGAGAGACACAUCUUUCUUUUACUAACUGGAUAAAGAAAAUCUUAAAUAAAAUGGAGUGAGAUAAUUUUAUGUAAA